AUGACGUGAACAGCAGCACGUGCUCGUGCUAAUGAUACGAUGUUUGACAAGUAUGUACACACGUUGAAACGUGAAAUGGAUAUUAAUGAUGUUUUCGACAAUUUAUUGAUGUGCGAAGAUACUUCUUACCAAAAAGGAUACAAGGACGGAGUAGAAAAAGGUAAAAGCGAUGGCAACUUAGAAGGGUUUCAUUUAGGUUAUCAUCGAGGGGCUGAAUAUGGAGCUGAACUAGGCUUUAUGUAUAGCGUUAUUAAAUCAUUAAUUGGUCUAAAAGACCAAAACAUGCUACAAUGUUCAGAGAAAGCUUGUCAUUCUCUUCAAGAAACAGUGAAAUUGAUUAAGGAAUUUCCACAAACUAAUGUUGAUAAUAUAGACUUGGAAGCUUCAUUACGAUGCAUAAGAAGUUCCUAUAAAAAAUCAUUAUCAUAUCUAAAGAUUAAAUGUGAUUACCCAGACAAAGACUUAAUAAAUUUUUAAAAUAUGGAGCAAAUAAUUCUAGUACAAAAGAAACUUUUAAGUCUUGUAGAAUUUGUCAAACCGUUUCUACCAUUUCUUAACUCUCACAUGGUGAGUUUUUUAACAGAUAAUUAUUGGUUGAAGUUUGUACCUAAUGAUGUUCGGAUCGAGAUUGAAAAUAUGGGUCAUGAAGCAUUUAUGACUUUGUUUCAUGACAUAUAUUCUGGAACUCAGUUCAAUUCUGGUUAUAAAAACACAAUAAAUUUCUUGAAGAGUACAAAUUCUUUGCAAUUACUUGAUGGUGAUGUAUGCCCUACAUUAUCUGAUUUGUGUUUAAAAUUAAAUAUAAAUAAAUAUUAUUUACCAUUAGAAGGUCUACAAAAAAUAAUGUCU